AUGUCUGACUAUCUUCCUAAUGAAGUCAUUACCAACAUAUUACUUAGGCUACCCAGUAAAUCUUUGGCCAUUUGCACCUCUGUCUGCAAGUCCUGGAGGUCCAAUAUUAAAGAUUCGAGCUUUUUAGAGCUGGUAUGCCUGUCAGAUGAUUUAAGAUGUUAUGGUUACACCUUCUUGAUUUGGAAUCCCUCUAUAAGAAAGCUAGUAACCCUUCCCAAGCCUGGCCUUACCUUUCAGACAAUUGGUGGGUACAAUGCUUAUCACGGGUUCGCGUAUGAUGCUAUUGCCAAUGACUAUAAGGUUGUGAGGAUUGUCGAGGAUUAAUAUGGAUGGAAUGGUGACAAAGAAGCUGAAAAUCGAACUUAUGUGGAGGUUUAUUCACUAGCUGCAAUGCCAUCUCUCUACUUGAUCUUCCGCCCACCUGGUCCGGAAGGAAAAUUACCUAGAGCUUUAUGUUUUAGGAAAAAUGGUGUAGUGGUGUGGUCUGGCAACAUGGCAAAGGUUUCUGGAUUGAUAUCUGCAGUUUUAUUUGCUCAUUGGUUCAUGCGAUGA